AUGUCUCUCAUCGAGAAGAACUCCAAAGGCAACCCAAUCCACCUCCUGCGCAUUCCCGUCUUCAAGCCAGCAAAGAACUCCUGCGGCGACUUCACGGCACACCCGCUACUCCUGCGCAUGUCACUCUCUCAAAAAGAAUAUUUCAAUUACGUCGACAUCUACGUGAUAGUCUACAACGUGAACCCAAACGACGGCAAGAGGAGAGUCUUCCUCGCCGAACAUAGCCUCUCUGGCCGACAGCAAUCCAAAUAUGCCCUCCCCGGAGGUCUCCAUACCAAUCGACAACGAGCAAGACUGGCUUCUCCGCGCAUGGGCGCACAUGUCAGCAGCACAGACCGGAGCAAUGGCCUUAUCAGAGAUGGACUGCACCCUGGUAAAAACUCACGCCCGGAUUGCGAUCAUCUGACCGUCGUGGCGAGAUUCAGGAGCACACGGACCCCGAAGACGAAAUCUUACGAGCGAGAAUGA